AUGCACGGCGGCAAACAAGCCUUUGAGAAGGUUGUCCUGGCGCAAGCGCACGCCACGUUCAAAGAGCACGGUGCCGAGGCGGGUGCGCAGUUGCUGGCGAAACACGGUCUCAUUGAAAUUGCCAUCGACUAUGCAGUGGAGCACAGCAAUUUCCAACACGCCUUCGAACUGGCCAACUUGUCGGCGAAGCACAAGCUGCCGGACAUCCACCUCAAAAAGGCCUUGGCUUUGGAAGAUGAUGAGCAGUUUAAGUUGGCCGAGGAGGAGUUUAUCCAAGCGAAGAAGCCCAAAGAAGCCAUUGAUAUGUACGUCCACCAGCGCGAUUGGGUGUCAGCCAUGCGGGUGGCCGAGGCAUACGAGCCGCAGAGCGUGAACGAUGUCAUGGUGCAUCACGCCAAGGAUUUGGUGGAUCAAAACAACAUGCAGGCAGCUGAGAACCUCUUCAUCCAGGCUGGCAAGCCCGAACUGGCCGUGAAG